AUGAAUUCUGCGGAUAAAAGAGGGAAGAGUUUAGAAGGGCAGAUGGCGAGAGCUGGUAUCAAAGAUCUUCCAAACGAACUAUUAACGAGAAUCGUUAAAGAAGUUCAACAUCCUCAAGAUCACUUGAACUUCUUUCAAAGCUGUUAUUCGAUCUACGAGACGUAUCGAAAACAAAAUAUAUUCAAGAUCGUCUGUAUAAACCUGGGAUUCAGCUUGUCUAUCUGUCAUUCCCAACCUAAGACCAGAUGUCGACGACACGGGGUGAGCAAGAGGAAUUGGAGAUCGUUAUUGAAUAGGUUGAUCAGACAUGCGGAGAGGUGUGGACAGAGGGACUGUGUAAAUUAUUGUACUAAAGUGUUACCAAAGGAAUGGCAAUUGCAGAUCAACAAACAGCCCAUCUUAAACUAUCAGGCAUAUACCGGACCAAGACAAUUAAACAACUUCAUCUCAACAAUGGGAAAUGUCACUCUCACUCAAUUUUGUACUUUCCGAUUCCAAUUCCAUACUGUCAGAUCGUCAGCGUUCUCACAAGAUAUCAAGAUUGAUCGAUUGAACGAUACGAUCCUUUAUCUCCAAGAUAAACGAACACCAGAAGGUAUAAACCUCUUAGGAAACUUCUCCCUUCUCACAAUUGACAAGGAAGAUGAUUCGGAUCUGUGUGAUUGGAGAGUACCGAAAAACACUUAUCACUGUUCAUUAUGGGAUCAUCCCCUUAUCGAGAAUUCCAUGGCUACAUAUCCACCCACUCAACAAUUAUGGUUAUCAAUUGCUUUUAACGUUGAUGGACAGAAGAUCGCCCAAACGACUUAUUUAGGAAGUAAGGAGCCUUUGACUGUACAGGAUGUGAUUCUCAGUCUAUGUUGUUUAAUGAACAGAGAACCGAAUCCAGGGAUCAGAGAUCGAUUGAUCAACAGUAUGUUCAAUAGUAUCCUCAGCUCAUCAUUUUCUCAAGAUAAGAGGCAAGUUGCGGAUAUGGAAAAGAUCGUUGAUGGAGUGAAGAAUAAUCGAGAUUUGAUGGCAAUAGAUUUUGAUGGGAUUUUCAACAACAAACGAUAUUCGAGAGAUCAAUAUAUUUCUGUCGAAUUCUCCAAUCGAGGUCCCGAAAAUAUGCCUCUUCUCACGUUCACUUCGGUGUUCUUGUAA